AUGUUUCCGCUGUGGAUCCUCCUGCUGUCCGUUGCGUUGGGCCGUGAGCAGCAUGAGGAAGCCAGAGGUGAGUUGAAGAUCGAAACAUACAGCUGGCAUGGAAAGACAUUGAAAAAGACCUUGCAGAUUCAACCGGAGGACCAGGAUGAUGUCUCCAAAGCCAUCCAGGCCGUCCAUGAG